GGGCUUGCGGCGCAGUUCCUCAAGAAUCAAGAUUUCUAUUUUUGGCUGCCUGCAAAGAUGGCGUCCAGCGCCGGUGAUAUGCCCGAGGUGAAAUUCAAGAGGACCGGCAGCCUGGGGAGCAGCGACUACGUGCGAGCCGACAAGAUCGACCUCACCAGCCUCGACAUCCAGCUCGAGCAGCAGCUCAACAAGAAAUGGGGCAAGACCAACAUCAAGUCCCAGGGACCCAAGGCGGACUGGGAGAUUGACCUUGCUAAGCUCGAGAUCCGGCAUGUCAUCGCCCAGGGCACAUAUGGCACCGUCUACCGUGGCACCUAUGAUGGCCAGCAAGUCGCAGUGAAGCUGUUGGAUUGGGGAGAAGAUGGUUUUGCCACAGAAGCCGAAACUACUGCUUUACGAACAUCAUUUAAGCAGGAGGUUGCUGUUUGGCAUAAGCUCAGCCAUCCUAACGUUACAAGGUUUAUUGGUGCGUCUAUGGGGACCACCGACCUCAAGAUACCAGUCAAUGACAACGGUGCGCGUGCCAACUUGCCAGCUAGAGCAUGUUGUGUUGUGGUAGAGUAUCUCGCUGGAGGCACUUUGAAGCAGUAUCUGAUAAAGAACAGACGGCGGAAGCUCGCCUACAAAGUUGUGGUUCAGCUUGCAUUGGAUCUGUCCAGAGGGUAAUAAGCU